GUAGACGAUCGACCUGAUUCAGAAGGACUCUACUACGAUUACGUAUUCAGCACACGUCCCUCUCACCUACUGAUACUCUCGAGUGCCGGACUAGAGGAAAUUGGAUAGACUUCUCCAAGUGUCACCCAACAAAAAGGGCAACUUCCAGCGAGUCCAGCUCAGAGAGCAGUGGCAACACCCAGGACAUCUAUAUCUACGUGCUUCAGCUGAGAUUGCACAAGUUCUUCGUCACCGGAUCCUGUACCAUCGUCUCCGCCACGUGUACAAUUAAGAAGCCCUUAUGAACAGAUUGGACACUUGAAGACGUAUUCGACGUAGACGUGCUUCCCAGAUUGCCAUUUAAAGUGACUGUCACGUGAUUGCAUGGAUGUGUUUCAUCCUAUGAUGUCAAUAUGAAUCUCUAGGAUUGCGGUUUCAUUUGAAGCCGACUAACUGCAACCGCAAUAAGGUUUAACAAAAAUGGAACACUCUUGUCAGGUUUCAAAGGAUUUCAUUACAUGCACUUUUUAAAUGUGCAUACAAUCACGUACGCGCAUAACCGAUUGAUCAAAGAGGAGAAAUUUCAUACUAGUUUGACAUCGAUGGAGGAUUGUCUGUCAACCUUAAGAUGAGUGGAAAGAAUGAGCCAAGAGCGACUCCACUAGAGAGCACCUUAACAAGAUUCUGUUUUAGAGAGCUCUCAUGGUCGCUAGCACGAGGACUAGCAUUAGGUCUUACAUAAAUAUUUUUCUUACUGCGAGACCUAAAAGAGGAAGGACACAUGGAGCCGUCCAAGAGCUCCAGAAUCUCACAAAGUACAAUCGAAAAGCACACCGUUUCAUUCCUCACACGCUGUACUGUCCUAGCCUUAUCAGUAGUAUGGAUCUUCGUAAGUAUACCCAUACUUGUCGUCGUCUUGGUGAUAGUGGUGAUCGCCUGGAUGGUAUACCGUCUCAAUUCAUGUUGUUCUCACAUCUUCGGAAGCUGUCCAGAGUUUCUUACUACGACAGAACUCUUCUGGCUCCUCACAAGCAAAGACUCACCAUCGAUUCUACAGUGCCUUAUCAAACUUGAUAGUUAUGUCACGGUAAACUCAGUGCGCGACGUCAUAUCCAACAGAAUUUCGAAUCCAAACACCGCAGGUUCGGAUUCCUUUCUGCGGCUUCAGAAACGGUUAGUGAGGACGUGGGUGUCUUGUGCUUGGUACCGGGACAACGAUUUCUCCUUGGAGAAUCAUGUGACUGAAUUGGCUGGGAAGUUUAAGUCUGAGGUAGACGUCGAAACGCAUAUCGCCCUCAUGACCGAUAAGGAAUUUGAAUCCGAAAGGCCACUCUGGAAUAUCCAAUUGCUUCAGUGUGGUUGGGAGAACAGGACCUAUCUUCUUGUGCGUGUGCAUCCGUGUUUCGCCAAUGGAAAUGCCUUUCUUGAUCUUCUGUGUCAGCCUGUAACAGAGAGUGUCCAUUCGCGCAAACCGCCAGAAGAACAGAACUCGUCGCAUCCUUUAUUGAGCAUCAUCAGUGCUGUGCUCUUUGGACCUUUACUCAUAGCAUAUUUUAAAUUAUCCUCCAGAAGCAACUCACCCAAUGUCUUUCCCGGAAUGAGUCCUAGCGGUAAACAUGCAAUCGCUUGGUCUCGUCCCGUCAACUUUCAGCAGGUCCUCGAAAGUAGAGUUGUAGCGAACUGCCACAUAUCGGACUUCGCGUUAUGUGCCGCUGCGGGUACCGUACGUUCCAUCUUGCCACAUGCUACCCUGCAGCAAGGCUCAGAGACCUUCAUGACCAAUCUUCUGUAUAGCUUCCAAAGAUGCAGUGACGCUUGCGUAAUCAGUUGUACACCGGAAGUGCCUUUGGAUGCGCAAUUCGCCACAAUCCCUGUGCAGUUGCCAUUGCGCACGGAAGGAAUCAUCCCAAGGUUGUGGGACACGCUACGCACCACCAGAACCCUACAGCAAUACUGCGCUCAGUCCAUCUCCUGCGGCGUCCUCCAGAUCCUGACACUUCUCAUUCCAUCCAGGUUCUCAGCUCUCUGGCUCUCAAAGACACUCGCUAGUGGUCAGUGCCUGGUCAGUCAUUUCCAAUCAUCACAGACGACCAUGUCCUUGGCCGGAGCCACAGUGUUAAGCAUUGUCCAGUGGUUUCCACCAGGGAGAAAUUCUUUCAUGAGCUUUUCGGUGCAGAUCUAUAACAAUGAACUUCGCGUCGGCGUAGUUGUCGACACAUGCUUGUAUGCGAAGGCCAAUACCAUGGCCGAACAAUUUGCAACUGAGAUCGACACACUCAUCACAUUUUUGGCGCACCGCCGGGUCCUUCGGAAACAUCGACACAAAAAGAGGGAAGAAUUUGAAGACAUCGAUGAAUUUGAUGACUACCUCGAUCAGGAGAACGACCAGGAUGUGACAUUCGACGAUGAGAUCUGCCGACCCUGCUGGUCCCAGCGAGGCUCCGACAUCACCCAAGACGAGAACGACCAACCCCACUCCGGUCAAGAACAAUCCCUCGAGAUCAUCCAACUCGACGAACCGUCUUCACCCGAGAUCGUCGACGGUGGCGUUGGCGGCCGUCGUGAUCAGCUUUUCAUAAAGACGCACCACGCCGCGGUAGAUGGCGAGAACCUAUCAGGACGACAGGACGGCGUCACCAUUCACGUGGUCAGCGAGGACGUACCAGCGUCGGUGAUCUCCGUUGAGGAGGUUAAGAACGGAGAGCAAUCCCCCGUUACCGGUGAUCAACGACCACCGAAUACUUCUCGACGAGAGAGUCACGGCAUGACCGUGAUCACGUCGGUGGCCGUCAAUGUCACCGAUUCCCCGCAGACAUUAGACUUUUCGCCUUGCGUUGAGCGACGUCUUAGCGUUCCUGCUGACGUAUGAAUAACACGGAUCAUGUGACCAAAAUGUGGAGGUCAUCUUCAGGAGAAGACACGUGACUCAUGACAUUGACCUCUUUUGCGUAAUCAUACGAAAAGAGUUUUCUGAAUAAUAUUUUUGCAAGACAUGCUUUGAUAGAUUUUCUUGCCUGUUUAUUUUGGGUAUCAGAAGUGUAUAAAUAAUACAUGGAUUUGUUACAUUAAUAUGAAAAUUUCGUUAAGGCAGGUUCAGAUUAAAUUCAGCUUACAUUGAUUUAAGCCCAAAUUGUGUAAAAGCUCUGCAUUCCCCAUCUGAAGAGAAAAUAUGAGAUGAUUAAGUUUUCCCUAGUAGUAAUGUUUUAAAGUAUUAUUGAAUAACAUUUAAGGUUUCUUAAAAAGUAUUAAUUUAACAGUACAUGAUUUCCGGAACGAGGGAGUGCAUUUAAUCUUCUAGACGUAUGACGCGAAGGAUGAAGGGACAGUAGCCCGGGGUUUUCUAAAGUUCCGAUAUUCGAGAAACUAACACCUCCAAUACCGGCAACGAGGUGCCCGAAUAUCAUCAUAUUCGAGAAGCCCAAAUUAUCUCACAGUUGGGCGGGAGUAUGAUUAUGUGCUAUUUUGGGGGAAUGUUCACUCCAAAAAGUGUCAAACAUUACAUUUUUGUCUCAAGCUGCUGAAUUAAAUUUCGGACUUCCUUCCUGCCAAAAGCGACGCAGUAAGACCAAUCUACUCUUUGAUGUUUGAUGUCUCCCUCUUGGCUUUGUAAUUGAAUAUUAAAUGGAUUCGCAACGAGGUCAAAGGGGAAUCCCCACCCCUCUCCCCCUUUCCUCUUCGCAUUGCGAAAAUAUUGAAUUUUAACAUUGUUUUAACAACUAAAGAGAUCAAUUCGGCUGAAUAAGACGGAGUGAAUUUUUUUCAGUAGAUAAAUCAAUAAACUGUAAAGUAAAGGAGGGAGACAUGAACAAUAUGUAUUGGAACGUGGGAAGAAGAUGAUAAGAGCUCCCCUACCACCACCACGACCCUUAUCUACCCUGUGACUUUACUGUAUGGUAUUCAACUCCAAGGUGAGACCCUCCCUUCUCCCCCUUAGUCGAUACUACCCCAAAGGAACCUGUUUUUCGUCACGCAUCUUAAAGCAGUUUAUUAAGUGAUUGAUAAAGCUAAGAAGAUCGCUGCAAUAAGUAGAUAACCAAAGAAAAUUCUAUUUAACCAUAACUUAAUGCAAUAGAUUAGAGAUAAAUUUCAUUUCAUGAAUUCAAGCUCGUAUCAAUAUCAUAUUACAUUUUCUGCUUGUUAAAAGAAAAUUAUGUGCAUUAAUAUUGAAAUAUCCCGAGGUGGACAAAUUGUGAUCGAGUGGUUGGAGGAUGUGAGAGGAAGGCGUAUUGACUUCAAAUCAUUGUCCUUUUGUAAUUUCCCUUUUUUUUCCUUGUUUCUCUCUCUCUCUCUCUCUCUUUCUUUUAUUCUUUC